AUGGGUUGGUUAUCACGUCUGUCUGCUGCCGCGGCCCUGGCAACAACGGCCUUGGCUGCAGAAGCCUCAACUUCCUCCAAAACCUCUACAGCUGCCGAGCCAUGUGCGCAGAUUGCCAAAUUGGUCAAAGCAGGGACAUCAACCUUCUCCAGUCAGGUUACACUCGCCUGUCUGCAGUCUACGCCAUUCAAGUCCGACCUGGCAGUCAGCUUCAUCGACGAGGUCAGGAAAUAUCUUGAGUGGCAUUCAACCACGGAGAUCCUGAGAAAUCCUCCACCAACCUCUCUCUCUGCUACAGUCGAUCUUCUUGGUGGGCUGUCCAAUAUCCGCGACAGGGCAUCAGCGAAUGCGUAUAAGUCGCAGUACGACUUCGACGCGGAUCUCUUCCACCUCUUCAGCUUCGCGAAUGAUGGCCAUCUCGGCAUCUUACCUUGCUCAAUUGUCCUCGUCUUCGAGAGCCAGCUGAAGUUGGUUUCGAUUUCUAGCGAUGGAAUAGAAGUCCCUCGUCUGUACACAUUGGGUGAUGGCAAGCUUCUCGCCCAAGGCAACAAGGACGUCUCCCCCGUGACGCUCAUCAACGGAGUCGGUGCGGAGGCGUAUACCGAACAGCUGUCCGAGACGGCUGGUCUGCAGGACCCCGAUGCCCGAUACAAUAGCAUGAUGACCAACGUACCAAUUGGCCGAGAUGGCAGCACGACGCUUGGAGGGUAUGGGGCAUUCGCCACGUUUCCGGGAGCGCACGAGUUCAACGUGACAUAUGCCAACGGAACCGAGCAGAGCAUCCCGCUCAAUGGAGCCAUCGGCGCAGGUCUUAAAACUGAGUUCACUUUCCAGACUGGCGAUGCGCUGUGGGACGCCGUCUGCAAGCCCCAGCCCGCUUCGUCGGACGACUCCAGCAAAAAGAAGCGAGCAGACUCAAGCUCAAGCGCGAAAGAGUUACCAGCUCCGGAAACGUACCCAAAGCCCACAGUCAAGGAUCCCUUCAACCUGAUCACCGGAUACUUGCCCGACGACAAGGGGCUGGAGGACGUUGCUGUCUUGACGGUGCCCACGUUUUUAACGCAAGACGCGGCUUCCGGUAUCCCGACAAACGAGAUUGCCAACUUUGCCCUCGAGGCUCAAGAAUUUGUCCAAAAGGCGAUUGCCGCCGGCAGGUCCAAGAUCAUCAUUGAUGUGACCAACAACCCUGGUGGAUCCGUGGACUCUGGCUUCGGCCUCGUCAGCGUCUUCUUCCCCAACAUGACCAUCUUCUCGGCGACCCGAUACCGCUCCACUCCCGGAAUUCAGUUCGUUACCGAGGCCUUCAGCCGUGCCUCAGACGCAGCCGUGGAAGAGGUUGGACUCCAUGGGACCCCCUUCUUUGUGCCUGACCUUGUUCAACCCGACCAAAAGACCACCUUCAAGUCUGUCGAGGACUUCUUGGGCCCUUUUGAUGUUCUCGGCGUUCCAUCCACUGCAAUUGUUGCUGAGGAUAACUUUGCCUUGACCAACGAAACGCAGACUCCCAUCAACAUCUUUGGUCAGGGAGGAAUCCUCAACGGUACGACGCCGCCGUAUGCGCCCGAGAACAUUGUCAUUCUCACUGACGGACAGUGCUCAUCGACUUGCACCAUCUUCGUCAACCACAUGAUCCCCUACGGCGUCCGCGUCGUCACUACCGGAGGCCGGCCCCAAGCCGGCCCCAUGCAGAGUAUCGGCGGUGUCAAAGGCGCGCAGGUGCUCGAACUCUCAGACAUCUCGCUUUACAGCACAGUCGCCCAACAACUUGUCCAGAACGCCACCGACGCAAAGAAGCCGCUCUUCACCGACAAGGAGAUGUCCGUCUUCUCGCCUUCCAUCCCCCUCGCCCUCGAGGACCUGCCUCUCAGACUCACCACUGGCUCGGUCAACUUCCGCAACGCCUUCUCGCCCUUUGACGACCAGACUCCCACACACUUUGUCUACCAGGCCGCCGACUGCCGCCUGUUCUACACGGCCGAGGCGCUCAUCAAGCCCGAGGCCCUCUGGGUGAACGUCGCCGACUCUGUCUGGGGCGGCGGCGACUGCGUCUUCACCAGCGUGCCCCAAAAGGCCAUCAAGUCUGCCGGCUCCAAGACUGAGUCUUCCAAGGCCGCUGCUACUUCUGCCGCCUCAGGGUCGACAGACGAGACCGAUGAUGAUGAGCAGGAGACGCAGACACCCGCUCCCAAGAAGAAGAAGACCAAGGCGCCGGCUCACAAGGCGCUUGGUCUGCUGUUGGCCAUGGCAGAAGGACUGCGCGGAUAA